AGGAGCUUGGGCUGUUUUCACUAUUACUCAACAGGAGGGAAACAUGGAUUUCUCCGUUUUGCCAAACAACAACCAUCCCGAUAAAUUCCUACAACUGGAGGUAAAGUCUUUAGUGAAAAACUCUGCCUUCCUCCAAGCCAGCCUGGCAAAAUUCCCAGAAGCAGCUUUACCUGGAGUGCAGCGGUGGCACAACAGAGUCUAUUCACAGAGAGAAAAGAGAAAUGUCACGGAGCUGCCUGGCUUAGGAUUGAGCAGGACCAGCCAAGAAAUGAUAGACAAAGCACUUGGGAAACAUAUUACACCCCUCACCCUUAAAUCCACAAUCAAAAGCAACCCCUUGUACAGUGACAUCCACAUGGACGGUGACUGGGAGGAGAAGAAAAAGAUGCCUUCCUGGACUGCGCAAGACUUUGACAGGCAUUCACUGCACUCCAACUUGGCCAGCAGCAUCAAGGAAAAUCCUAAUGACCUACAGUUCUGGAUGGGGGAUAUUUAUACUCCUGGGUAUGAUACCUUGUUAAAAAAGAAAGAGAGGGAAAAAAAGCAUUCCAAAUGUUGCCGAAUCAUCCUGCUCACGGUACUAGCUGUUUGCAUCCUGAUUACCAUAGUCACGCUCAGCGUUUUACUUACUUAAUGCAGCCAAAUACUGUUGAUGGGAGUUUUUCAAUAAAUAUUUUUAUUAAGCUAUUCCCCUCCCUUGUUUUAUUUGGAUUCCAAAAUUUUUGUCACAAAUACAAUUUGUUCGACAUCACUAUUUUAUAAUGUUCCUGUGCAGCAUACGGAAUUGAUCCUGAAAAGAAACAAAUACUCUGAGCACAACACAACUUGCCUUAUGGGUGUAAUUAAAAAGAAAACUAUAAAUAAGC